AUGGAGAUGGAUGGCCUGGAGAACAAGGAGCUCAUUAAGGGAAUACAGGCUUGCAACAAAUAUCAAAUCCUUGCUCAAUAUUGUAACAACUGGGCUACAAAAGAGUUUAUUAUCCAUGCGCUGACCAAUAGCCAUGAUCAUCAAGCACACAUCCAGAAGGCUGGAGGACAAGCAGCCUGGUGCAACAAACUCAAGGAACAACAAGAGGCAAAAAGGGGCAGCACAAACAAAGGAAAGGGAAAAGAACAAAUAGAGAGGCCACUGCAAGUAGUCCUGCAAGGCCAAUCCAAUAGCAAGACCAAAGUGACUCCAGCCCCAGGGCCAUUGGUCUCAAAACCUAAAGCAAAGCGCCGUAUUGAAGAUUCUGAAGACAAGAGGGAAUUGCCCUCAGCUUUAGCCCUUUGUUCCACAGUACUACAAUUGGUAGAACCUAAGCUAUCUAAAAUGGUUCCAAAGUUGGAUCCCCCUGGCAACUCCAAACAUAGUGAGACUGGAGGGGCUAAUUGUCCAGCCAGGACUUCUAAGUUGCUUGUAUUGGGACAAAAGGAAGGAGAGUUGGAGGUUUCAAUUAAUACCUGGAAGAGGGCCAGAAUGCAGUAUGCUGCAAGCCCAGGGAAUUCCUGCAACAAUGACCCUAGCCUGCCUUCCAAUCCUUCUGCUAAGGCCAGGGCCAAAGCCAGGGCCAAAUCCAUGGCCAAGGUGGUGGUAGAGGCGGCAGAGGCAGAGGCAGCAGCAGCAGAGGCAGAGCUUGAGUUGGAUUUGGACUUGGAUCUGAGUCUGGAGCUCAACACAAGAGAUUCUAUGGAGCUGGCAUAUCCACCUGCCAGCUCAACAUUUACCUCCAGUAUCCCACUGCGUUCUGCAGGUUGCAAAGAGAUACGUACCCAACAAAAACCUGCUAAGCACCCUUUUGGACAAACUUGCUGCAACAACAGUGCUCCAGGCCAAGGCAAACGCAAGUUCACAAUGGCCCCCCAAGAAGCAGUUGGACACUACAAUGCAAGGAACUCAAUUAUCCACCACCAAAGGUACAAAAAGGGGUUGCCAGGCCAAGCAGGAGAUGAUUGA